CUUCUCCCAGUCAAGAUUCGUGACUCUGAUAAAAUUUACUCGACAAAUAGCUCGAUCUUUGACACGCGUGAAAUCCAUAUAAUGUAUCGUGAAAUAAAUAAAAUAAAAUAUGAAAAUGGAAACAAUAAUUUGCUCCACUAUGUUAUUAUGAAAUAAUAACAUCUCCCGUAGAUUUUAUUUAUAUCUCAUAUUUUCUUGACAAUUUUUUCGAAUUUUUUUGUGAGAUCAAAGCUUAAAAAAAAGAUAUAUACACCUCUCGAGAUUUAUUUCGCUACAGAACGAAAUAUUUCAAUAAUACUUUUUUGUAUUUAAAUAUAAAAUUUGAUCAGUUCUUAAUUGAAUUAUGAUAAAUGAUGAAUAAAAUCACUGGUUUCUUUUAAAAGAAGUAAAUUAAACUCAAGUCGAAUCACACGGCAGGUGCAUCUAUUCUGCAUGCACUCGUCAUCAUCUAGUUUUCAGUUGCGCAACGUUAGAUCAGGCACACUUUACUUCAGACACGGUUACAAGGUAAAUACAAAUACGGUACAGUUUUUAUCAAGUCUAGUUUCGAAACGGACAGAAGAACGUACGUUCUAUCUACGUUAUCAUUGACAAACAAUAAGUAGUCUUUCGAGAAUUAGUUUUUUCGCGCUAGCAACCGAGUUCUUCCUUUAAAGGGUGAUUGCCAUACGUUCGUAAAUAUUUUGACAUUAACAAUAAAAGUAACAGUAGUUUUCGAAUAUUCCGUAUAAUUUAAAAAUAAUUUAAAUAAUAACAAUUUAAAUAGAAUAAAAAUGUAAUAAUUUAAAAAUAGUUCUGUAAAAUAAAUAAAAGUGCGGAUUUUCGUGCAAUCUUUUUUUUUUCUUUUGAAAUCACAGAAAACCUUGAUUAAAAACUUCCGACAUAUAUGACUCUGUGGAAAUAAAAUAUCCCUGCUUCUGUUCAAAACUUGGUACAAAUUAUAUUUGUUUAUACAAAUAUAAUAUUUCUUGCAUGUUCCAUGGCGGACGGUGAUUUUGAAUUUUACGAAAAAACCAGAGCCAGAGAGGAUCUGUUUACGCCGAUGGUUGCGAGCAACGUCCGACGACGACCAACCCCACCGCAGCCUCUCUCCGUUACCUGCCAACGAAAUCUUCGUGUUCCACAACACGCGAGCCACGGCCGCUUCGUUUCGCAGAUGCCACGUACCGAGAACUCGGACAAAGGAGACUACUCAUCCAGCACAGCACGAUGCGGCUCGAGUAUUCCGGAAAAAUGACCAGAUUUUUCCGGGAACUACCUGUUAUCCAGACUAGGAUGAGACGAACGAUUCCCUUUGUCGACGAUGUAGGAAUUCGAUGUAGGAAUCCCUGUUUUAAAGGGGAUAUAUGGUCACUUUUUUUGGAAAAUGACCGUUUCAUAUCUUCAAAUCAAGAUAUUUAACGGCUUGCGUUUUGAUAAAUUUAAAGAUAUUGGUAACUGAUAAUGUUCUUGUAUUACCAAGGGUUAAAUCAGAUAAGUGUGAUAAACAUUGUUUAGGAAGUAACACGUUUUUGAUGGCCAUAAAUGGGCUUACAUCUUGCGCUGGAAUGGCGUGCAACGCACGUCGAGAAUUUUUUGUCC